CUGCUGUGCGCGCGUGUGUGGGUGUUUUCUCCCCUCUGCCCGGUUUGGGAUUUGCUGGUCGGUGACAUGCCUCCCUCCGCCUGGCUCCUUAUAGCCCCGGGGAGGCAGGAAUCCCGGACGAGUGGUACGGACGUCGCCGACGGAGACCGCCAACACGGAGCGGAGUGUUUGCCUUUAAACGGGUCUUAUGACUGCAGCCUGCUUCAGAGAGAGACGGAGGACCGGAGGACGAGACCAGACACGACCGGAGGACUGAACCGGAGACUGACCGGAGGACUCACAGAGAAGCCGGGACCAGUGACUGAGAGCCGGGGACAGACAGGACACAGCUUCCCCUGCAGAGGCUGGAUGAUCCAGCUGGAGUUAAAACGGAUUCUACCUCACCUGUUCACAGGAUUUGGUGUUUUUUGCUCCUCCUGUUGCUCCUUGUGGACGCCUCCUCUCCUCCCCGUGGACUCAUCCUCUCCGUAACCUCCUCUCUUGCUCCUCCUCUCCUCCCUGUGGGCUCCUGAGGACAUGUGUCGUCUGCCGGUGGCGUCACUCUUGGUUUGCCUGUGGUUGGCGGAGGGUUGCCACGGUAACGGCAACCUUCAGGACAGCAUGAGGGAGCUGCACGCCCGGCUGGCCGUCAGCCUCUACCAGAAGCUCGCCCAGACGGAGAACACCUCCAACCUGAUCAUGUCUCCGACCAGCGUCUCCUUGUCGCUGGCGCUGCUGCAGCUCGGGGCCCGGGGCAACACGCUGGCCCAGCUGGAGGGAACCCUGGGAUACAGCGUGAACGACGCCCAGGUCCAGGACUUCCUGCUGCACUCCCAGGGCGACAUGAGCAACAGCAGCCAGGGCAUGUGGCUGCAGCAGACGUGCACGUUGUUCAUCCAGAGCGGCGUCCAGCUGCUGUCCCAGUUCACCCAGCAUGCAGCAGCCUGGGCCAACACCACCGUGGUCCGAGCCAACUUCAGCCAGCCCAACGGCCAAGCAGAGCGAGGAGGACACGGCCACGAUGAGCCGUGGCCUCUCCAGUCAGGAAGCAGCAGUGGAGAGCUCUCUGGAUCAGGAGAGGCCCAGGCCGAGGCCCUGUGGUGGGGACACCGCCUGCAGGUGGCGCUGGUCAACACGGUGGCUUUCAGGGGCGUCUGGCAGAAGCAGUUUCUGUUCACCAACACCCAGAACCUGCCCUUCAUCCUGCCUGAUGGGACUCCCAUUAAGGUGCCCAUGAUGUACCAGGCUGCAGAGGUCAGCUUUGGUCAGUUCAGGACGGGAUCGGAUCAGCGCUACACGGUUCUGGAGCUGCCGUUCCUGGGCCGCUCCCUGAGCCUGCAGGUGGUUCUACCCAGCGAGAGGAAGACGCCGCUGUCCUCCCUGGAGGCUCAGCUCACACAGCGCCACCUAGCGUCCUGGGACACCGGCCUGCGCAGAACCAGGAUGGACAUCUUCCUCCCCAGAUUCAGAAUGCAGAACAAGUUCAACCUGAGGUCGGUGCUCCCCGCUAUGGGCAUCAGCGAUGCCUUCAACCCCACAGCAGCCGACUUCACCGGGAUCUCAGUGGAGGAGGGUCUCUAUGUGUCUGAUGCCUUCCAUGAAGUCAGGAUAGAAGUCACGGAGGACGGGACCAAAGCAGCUGCUGCGACUGCGAUGGUCCUCCUCAAAAGAUCCCGAGCUCCAGUUUUCAAAGCAGAUCGGCCGUUCUUAUUUCUACUGCGACAGGUUCACACAGGAUCCAUCUUGUUUAUGGGCCGAGUGAUGAAUCCAGCAGAGCAGACGCCCUAAAGGCUCUAAACAACACAGAACACUCACAUUCACACUCCUGCACCAUUUCACCCACCGGUAUUUAUUGGACCAAAGGAGGGUCCACGGACACUUCAGGAAGAGGGACAUUAUUUUUGUACAUAUCUGUAAAUAAAAUUUUAAUACGUUUUUACACAA